AUGUCGCAGCGGCAAAAAACGAAAGCAGGGAAGUCGGACCGAGCCUCAUUCUUCCUCACAAAGACCGCGGCCUCCAAGCAGAGUGAGGAGCAAGAUGGCGGCGACCAAAACAGGCGGGAACACCCCCCCUCACCUCAGACACCACCUGCACAAGCAGAAAAUGAACAGCCCCUGACAAUGAGAGCCAUCAGAGAAAUGAUGGCUGAAUUCUCAGACAAUAUACAGCUGAAUAUUAAAAAACAGCUCCAAACACUGACAGCUGAAUUACAUAAGGACAUCCAGGACAUUGGCAACCGCACCUCCCAGAUAGAAACAAAGAUGGAUGAAUAUGCAGUAGCACACAACAGCCUGGCUGACAAACUGCAGGAACUGGAUGACUCUCUAGAAGCCCACAGAUUGAAACUAGCAGACAUGGAGGACAGGGCUCGGAGGAACAACCUCAGAUUCCGGGGGAUCCCGGAAUCUGUACCAAAUGCAGAACUGCAUAACUAUUUAUUAGACAUGUUCCAGUGCCUCACACCAGAAACCCACCCAGAUCAACUCAUCAUAGACAGAGCACACAGGCUGCGCAGACCAAAGCACCUGCCCACGACAGCCGCACGUGACGUGAUUGCGAGGAUUCAUUUCUUCCACGCCAAAGAGAGGAUAAUGAAGGCCAGCAGAAAGGCGGAUAUGCCAGAAGCCUACUCGUCAAUCAAGAUCUUUGCGGAUCUCUCAGCGGACACGCUACACUUCAGGAAAACCAUGGGACCGGUCACCUCCGCCCUGCGGGACCACAACGUGAACUACCGAUGGGGCUACCCGGCCAAACUUUUAAUUUCUUACCAAGACGCAAUACACCCCGUCAACACAGUGGCGCAAGGUAUCCAGCAGCUAAAAGAAUGGGGACUCCCGAUCCAGAACCUACACCCCACCAAAGCAGCUAAAGUCCCGAGGAUGUCCCCGGAGUGGACAACACAAUGA